GAUACCUUGAAGGCUAAAGAUUAAGAGAGAACUCUCUGUAAGGCAUAUACCUUAGGCAACUCUCUCUCGCCUCCUUUCUCGAAUCCUCAGGCUUUCCAAAUGUACAGCGACAUGGAUGUGUCUGUUAUCAGUAACUUGCAAUGGAUCACAUUACGGUCCCGCUUCUGGCCACAGUCACCCUGAAAUCUCGGCCUCUCAACCCGCACUCCCUCGCCAUCUCUUGCGAUGCUGAGCUGGCCGUUGCCGCCGACGACUCGGUCCAUAUUCUGCUCCCCGAGUUUCCCGUCCCCACCGAAGACCCGGACCUCAUCCGGGCCCGUCAGAGAAAAGGAGCAGACGACGAGAACGACGAAGACGCCGACUCGGACGGCUACCAGACCAAGCAGUACCAUACCUACCGCACCCAAUUCGCCACAUCCAAGAAACCCGACCCCCGCGCCAACCUCAACCUUUUCGAGUCCGCCGGCAUCCGGUUUCCCCCGAGCGAGUCGUCCGAAGAGCCGCAGCAGCAGCAGCCGUACUAUGGCGUAGGCAAGAGCCUGCCCACCGGCUGGGGUUCGGCCAUCAGCCAGACCGUUUCCCUGGCAUGGUCUCCCACCGGCCUGGGCUACAACCUGCGGCCCGUCCUGGCCAUCCUGCUCACCAACGGGUCGAUCGUCGUGUGCGGCCAGGACCCCGCCGCCGUCGUCGCGGAUGGCGGCGAGGGCGUUAAGACUUUCGAUGCCUGGCGGCUGCUCUGGGCCGUCGGCGAUACGUAUCCCCUGCCUGACCGGAAGGCGAGGGGCGGGAGCCACCUGCCCAGGGACAAGAUCAUGGCUUUCUCGUGGGCGCACGAAAUCGCCCCCGGACGGGCCCUGCUGGCCUAUCGCAGCCAUAGGGAAGACCUUGCCAUUCUGCGGGUCGAUUUUUUCGAGUCGGACAGGUUCAAGGGUCGUCCCUCGCCUUGGGCCUGGAGGGUCGAGGAGGUGGCGAGAUUCAAGAAUGACGGACCGCAUCCCCCCAUCGACGUCAUGCAUCCGGAUUUCGUCCCGCACGGUUCCGCGUUCGGACUGAAAUGGAGCCCCUGGCUACUUGAGGGUGAUAAAAGGAUCUCCAUUCUGGCGCACCACGCACGUAGCUACGUCGGCUUUCGGCGUAUCACCGUCCCGGUGAACUGGGAGAGGGGCCAAAGAGUGUCUGUUACGGUGGAAGAGUUCGACCUCCUGGGGAUCUGCGUCAACCUCCGACCCGAGUCGUUUGUCGAAUGGGAAGACGCAAUCUGGACCGUCGGCGACAAGAAGAUUUGCCGGGGCGUCAUCGCCACGCCAUUUGAAGCCAAGCCGUUUCGCAUCGUCGUGAACGCACCGGCACCAGCUCGUGAGGCUCUCCCCACGCAUCCGACCCAUGUCUGCAAGACCACCUAUCCCGAAGAUUGCAUGUCUAGCAAUCCCAUCACCGGUCUCAUCAUCUACCCCCCUGAAAACGGCAGCGAUCAUUCCAGCGGGCCCUAUUAUUCCCUCGUCCGCAUGUCCGCGAUAGGGAGCAACACGAACUGGUUCCAGGAAAACAAACCACUGCUGCCCACCGAGACCCUCGCAGAUGACGACCACCAGCAGGACCAGGACGCAACGGCAUCAUCAUCAUCAUCAUCAUGCAUGCCACAAUGGGCCGAGAUCAUCGCCAACACGGUCAACCAGUCUAUCCCCAAAGCCUUGGCGAGCCGCCGCCACCACGACUCGGACAGCGAAGGGGGCGACGAAGAAGACGGAGUGGGACAAGCGGAGCUCGGAGACAUCGACGCGGAGGGGGAGGAGGACGACGAGGAGGACGACGAGUUCGAUUUCGAUGAUCUUGAUGAGAACACCGAGCUUGUGAACCCGUGGCGCGUCCGCAUUUGGGAUCUCGCCGCCUGGCCUGGCGGUGGCAUGACGGCGGUCCUCAUGUCGCAGCACAGCACUCUCGGGCCGGAGACGAAGAUUCGUACCAAGGUCCUUUUCGCGCCUUGCUCGCGUCGGAAGAAGGGGGUGGAUCAUGGCGGUGGCGGCGGUGGCGGCGGCGAUGCGGCCGUCACAACCGUGAGGCGUCUGACCACCGAAGCCCGCAUGUGGGAGUGGAUGUACGGAGGCGGACCGCCGGUACCCGGUACCGUUACGAGCGGAGAUGAGGUGGUCAUGCCGCAGGAUCUGGCGCUGCGGGAGGCGAUCAAGCCCGUCAUUGAGGCACAACGGUGUCUCUUCUGCCAGGGAGUCCUUUCGGAUACAGGACGCUACUCUGUUUGCGAGAUGAAGCACUCGUUCGCUACCUGCUCCGCAACCGGCUUGGCCAUCCUUGCACCGGGCAUCUCGCGUGCUUGCGGCGUCUGCGGUCGUCGGUGUCUUACGGUCUCCAAGAUUCGGGAGGCGGCUGAGAAGCAAGGCGUCAGUCUUGACGACAGUAGGUCGUUUGGGGAAGCCUGUGGGAUUUGUGGAGGGAAGUUCAUUGCUUGAUCCAGCCCUACUUUUUCUUCUUCUUUUUUUCUUCUUAUGCCUGGUCUUUGUUCACCCAGAGCGUUCAUGUUCCCAAGAUGGGCUACCAUUAGCAUAGGGUCGGGAGACAUUCCCCGAGACUACCGAGUUGUCAUAAAAUGGGGGCCAUUGAAGGUCAUGUGGG